AUGGGCGAACCCAGGGCCGUAUGGGAGCGGCUGAGCCAUGCAGGUUGGAACGAGGUGGCUCUGGCAGGAGUCUAUGAGUUCUGCUGGGAGGAGCUGCUGGUGGUAGGGCAGCUUAGCUUUGGAAAGGGGUUGGAGCUCCGAUCGGCGAUGGCCAGAGCCGACCUCCAGCAGAUGAGGCUGGAACCGGAGGUACGGCUGAAAUGGGAAUCGGUGUUGAAGAAGGCACCUCCUGCUCGGUGGCCCUCGCGAUUUCAGCGGGGCUUGGAGAAACUGGAGGAUGGCGAGUCCCGAAAGAAACUGAAAGGCGCAGAGCGGGAUUGGGUGAGGGUAUUGGAGGAUCAAAUCAUCGCCGGCUUGGGCAAUUACCUGCGGGAACAAGAAGUGACGGAGGAGGAGAUCUUGAAGCUGGCGCAGAACCUAGCGCUGCCCACGGAUGAAUCGUUGCAGAGGGAAGGUUUGCAGAGGGCUCAGCGUUUGCAGAAUGAGGGGAUGCCCGAAAGGCCUACGACUCUUCUCUCCCCCACCUCUGCUCUGCUGGCGGGGCCAGAAGAGAUAGAUGAUACUGAGACAGAGGACGAAGGUGAGGGCGAAGCAGAGCCGAUGGAGUCUAAUGGAACCUACGUCUUCUCAGCGUGGGUCCUGCAGCAGGAGAAUCCCACACAGAGUAGGGAGCUCCGGCUGAUCGCUCAGGUGUUGUGCGGAAAGUUGGAGGAGCACCCUUUCGGUGACUUGCCCGAAGAAAUACGAAGGGAUUGGGUGGAGCAAUUGGUAGGGUUGGAAAGGAACUCAGGGUUUCCCGGCAGUGUAAAAGAUUCAGUGGAAUCUGCCCGACCCCCAUCAGCGGAGAAGGUGACUGAGAAGAUCCAGAAGGACCUGGCGAAGGGGGACAUAAAAGAAAUCACGAGCUCGGUACGGCAGCACCUUGAAGGUCGUAUCGCUGGCUGCGGUCCCAAAGGACCCUUCGUGGGACCAAGUCCGAGUGUGCACGACGCCACUCACGGCGUGGAAGUUAAUCAUCACAUCCGGGUAGUGAGCCAGAUGAGAUUUCCUCCCUUCAAUGAUUUGGAGGGAGCCCUGGCCCAAUUUCUGUCUGAGGCCGACUGUCGCAGAUUGGACAUGGCGUAUGACUUCAAAGGAGCCAAUCGCCUCAUUCCGGUUCACAAAGACGAUUUGGGAAAACAGGCCUUUCGCUUGGACGACUCCGACAGGAUAUACGUCGACUGCGUCUAUAGGUACUGUCCCGGGGAUGUGCUGGGAAGGGACAUGCGCGCGGCAUUGGGGUGCAUGGGUUUCCUAUCGGGCCCCUUGAAGCCCCCACGGCCAUUCUUGGCGCUGGUGUACCGGGUGGACUUCAAACUAGGGCCUGGGAGCUUUACGGGUCUUCCUUUGGCUAUCAGAUGUGGUUUUCUAUUGGCUUUGACUCGCCAAAACGCACCUUGGAUCUUUGUCAAAGGGGAACCGUUUAAGAUUAUUUCAUCUUUGCAGCUUUUAGCCAUAACAGUCGCCCUGAUGGUCUUUGGACCGGGUGCAGAAUGGCAGGAUUUAGCUUGCCAUCUCGCCCUUACGCCCUCUACCGACAACCAGACCAACGCCUACAUCCUGGAUCGACUCAUGUCCACAGCAUUCCCAGCCUCGGUGAUCCUUAUGGAGCUAGCACUUCAGAUGCAAGAGAGGCAGCUUGAGCUGGAUCUCCAAGGACCCCUCGGGAGCAAAACAUGGAGGCCGAUGCCAGACUUCACUAUGCUCGCCGAAGGGAAGCGAAUCGAAGUUGAUCUUCAGAAUCUGGACUUCAAGGCUCUUCACGUUCUAAUGGGAUUGGCUGAAGAGAUCGAUCGCGAGAUUGUCUUAAAGAGGUUGCUGCAGCUGCCCUGGAAGUCUUGCCUCAAAAGGCUCUUGCUCGCUUUCAGAAUGCAAGUGAUGCCAGAGCUGCAGUGCAAAGGCUACUACAAGGAAACGGAAGCCUUGCUUUCAGCGUGUUCACGGAAAGGCCGUACGGAACAGUGCAGAGGACCAAAGUGGAAGGAAUGGCAAACGGCCAGAAAGGCUAGGUAUUUCUCUUAUCUUGAUGAGUUGGCCCUGCCUCCACAACAAGAGGUCGCACCAAAGUUGGACGACAGGGAAAUUUUUGUCACGCACUUACCUCAAAAGGCAGGCACGGAGGAUGGAGUUCGAUUUCUCCUUGGCAACUUUGGCGACAUCGAUGAGGUGUUUCUCCUUCGUGAUCCUCAGCAGAGACCCACGGGCAAGGCUGGAGCGCCAGCA